AUGGGCAGGGGGGGGGGCUCUCCAAGAGAUGCUUUGUUAAGCUCGCAGUUGAUUUGGGUAUUGAUUAACCACCGCCAAUGCCUCGGUGGCUGAUGAUAGGAACUAGUCGAUUGGCCCGCCAGUUUUUUUUGUCCUUACUAUGCUUCAGCGUUGUUCCUUCCGAUCUCACAUCUUCUGCUUCACAGUGGUGUUGGCAGCCCCGCCUAUGAUGAUUGACUUGAACACGCUUCCUGGGGCAGAGGAGGGCUCGAAUGAAGUUAGAUUUUCUACAAGGCCGACAAUACGUUCAAUCCCGAGCGUGGCAUCCGAAAUAUUCCCAGGAAAGAGAACGGUUCAUCCAGUGCAGCUUUCGAGCCUCAUCCCUCCUACAAGGCGUGCUCGCCUGUCGCAGGCUGAGGGCGGACUUUCAAGCUCAGCAUUAGAAUUUAUCAACCCCAGAUUCAUAGCCGAAAAAGAGUUCGACCCCUACCACUGCGGGGUUCACGCGGCCCAAGCAACGAGCAGAGUGGAUGGAUCAGUGCAUGAAAAUAAAACAAUAAGCCGAUCUAUUAUCGGAAGUAACGAUAACUCAGCUAGUCAGCUCUCCAGUCGAGGGUCACAGCUCGGCCAGCCAUCAGACCGCGUGGAUCCUGCUCCGAUCGAGACAAAAUUGCCAGGUUUGCCUACUAUUACUCCGGAGGACUGGAAUUACGGUUAUUUCUUAUCGAACGGUGCUCUUAGCGACGAACUGCUCAACACCUUCGGCGAGCGUUUUCGUCAAAGGAUCAAUUCCAAGGAGUGCCAUGCCAGCAACUCCAGAACAAUCGAUAAACACCCAACCUUAAGUUUUGCGCGGGUCUAUCGGGCAACUGUAAAGCAGAAAAUAACCAGAGUCCUCCAUCACAAAGGGACCCGCCAACAGUCUGCUGAACGGUUAUUGACGUUGUACACUCGUCUGGCAGCAUCGCUUUUCAAACUCCAUGGUCAAUUCUUAAUGCUCCUCAACAUACCAAUAGUCUAUCAUAGAAAACAGCAACAGCAUUUAUUUGAAUGGCUCGAGAAAGAAUUUUUUUCCCCUCAGCGUGGUCUUGCUCUACUGGGGCCCGUGGAUCGACCCGAGUUACCUUGGCAGUCAGAUACUUUGGAGGUACACAUUGGAGAGAUUCAAGUAGAAUUGAUAAAAUACUUUUCCGAGGAGCGCUACAAUCCGAUAUCCUGUACUUCUUACCUUCUAAACCGGUACCGAGAUCACCAUGCAAGUGAGUAA